AUGCAGGCCCGAAAGACCUUGUUCGCUUUCAUCUUAGUUGUCUCGGCGCUUGCUGGACUUGCGUCGGCCGCCCCAACCCCCGACAGUGACACUCCCAACAAUCCAGAUUCUAAGCCCCAUGCCGUGAAUCAGCUCGCCUGCAACGACCAAGAAAAGCCACCUCCGAAAAAGCGAGGUGAAGAAGGGACUCCCGAGCCCAAGCCCCAUGCCGUGAAUCAGCUUGCCUGUGGCGGUGAUGCCAAAACUGACAACGCCGCCGCUCCCACCACCAACACUUAG